CACCUCCUCCCCUUGCCUUGCCAACUUGACGCAAGCAGAGGAAGUUAGCCUAUAACCACAGCCACCAUUCCAAGUACCAACAACCUCGAAACCAUCCGCCGCACCCUCAAACCCAAACAUAAACAACGAAAAACAAACGGAGACCGCAAAAAAACAAUGGCUUUCAUCCAAGACCCCCGCCUGCGUCAGCGAUGGAACCAGAUCUCGCACAACACGGAGGCCAUCACGUCGGACGCGGCGGCGGGCAUCUGGACGUUUGGACACCGGUACGUGAACCCGUGCCUGGCGGGGCUGGCGGACGCGGUGGAUUCGUGCACGAGCGUCUGCCUCGGCGACCGGGAAGAGCGGGCGCGACGGGCGCGGGAGCGGGACCGGGGCGCCCGGCGGACGCGCGCCGAGUACAGCUUUGACUUUUACGACGACUGGGACGACGACGACUUCGAUUACGGUUAUGGCUACGGCUACGGCUACGGCGGGGAUUAUGGUGGGGUGGGAGGAAGCAGCUCGUCCGGUGGGGGAGGGGACGGUGGUGGUGGUUCUCGCAGGUUGGACUGGGAUCGCUUGCUGGCCGGUACCGGCUCGGGCAGGCGGGGGCACCACCACGAGAGCGGCGCCGGGGAUGUUAUUGACCAGCCGAGGAGGAAGAGGGGUAUGAGCUACGGGACACGAGGGGUCAGGAGGAAAGCGUCAGGGGCGGCCGCAUCCGAGGAGGACGAUCCAAAUGUCAUCCCGCGCACGGCGCCGUUGGGGUUCUUGGGAAGGCUGCCGUUCAAGAUUGUGGGGUCGCUGAGGUAUAAGCCGUCCGCGGCGAAUCUCAAAGACCAUCCUGGCGGGGGUGCGGGUUUGUUGCAGGGGUCUCGCGGGGAUGGCGCUGGUGAGGACGAACAUGAGCCGUUGUUGAGGGCGAGCGAAGACGAGGAUCAUCGGAGGCGAGGUGCGGGCGAUAGCGGUCGGAGGACGUCCCCAGCACGGCGAUCGAGACCUAGGAGUGAUACUACCGAGUCUGGGGACACAUCGAGCUCGUACCGGUCGCGCGGGGAUCUGUUUCCUAGCGAUGGUGAGGGAGAGGAGGAUGCGGUGCCGUUGGACGAUGAGUUUACGGUGGCGCUGGAAAGGGUGGAUGAUCGGAGCAGUAACAGGACGCGCAGUAGCAAGGGGAAGCGGCCGGCAGAUAAGGACAGGGAUAAGGGCUUAUCGAGGACAGUCUCACGGACUACGCUGUCGUCGUCGACAUACACGCUAGACGAGGCCAAAGGCGGCAAUGCCUUGUCUCGAAGUGCGGAGGACACCGCGCCGGUUCCCUCGCUAGAAGAUCUCCAGCGGGAAGAAGAGCAGGCGCAAAGGGAGGAAGACGAGGAAAUCGAACGGAAGCGACAAGCGGCAUCGCAAUUGGCCCAACAGCGCGGUCUGAGCAAGGAUCAGCUAGCCGACGCGUCGGAGGAAAUACAGGAGACGAAGGAUGACUCGCUGGAUCGGGAAGGUCACGCUCCGCCGGUAGAAGAUCCAGCGCCAGAUGCGGCUUCGGCAACUGCUGAUGGGAAUGAUCCCGAGGUGAAGGAGACGAAGCCGGCGCCGGCGAUCCUGGAAUCCCUGGGGCCACAAACGAAGAAUAACAUGGAGGGACGACCCAACGAGAGUAGAUUUGUGCCGGCGCGGCUGCCUUAUUUUGGGUGAUUCCAGGUUUUAAGUCUCAAUUAACGGGGGAAUUGGACCCGUUGCGUGUGUUAUG